AUGUGUUUGAACUUUGGCCAGCGUGCGACCACAGGUUCUCUUUUUCCAACCACCGAGGUUACCGAGUUGCAACAGCGACAGCUUGCGAUGGUAGGCAGGGAGGGGAGAGAGGGCCAGCAAGUUUCGCCCUUGCCACCCAAUGCCACGGGCACCGACAAGAGCAAGGCUGCUGAGGACGUGACGUCGACCCCAGUUCCGCCACAGCAGGAUGCGCAUACAGACGGCAACGAGCGCGCCGUGCCUACGCCUCCUUCAGCAGAGAAGGGCAGCUGGUGGAGUGCUACGCUGAGGUAUCUGGCUCCAUCAAGAGCUACGACAUUUCCAGGGACACCUGGCGACCAUUCACCGACGCCUGACGACCAUUCACCGACGCCUGACGACCAUUCACCGACGCCUGACGACCAUUCACAGACUCGCAAUGACCAAAUAGCUCGAGAUGGGUACGAAGGCAAACAAUCUAAAGGUACCUCGAUGCCUUCGUCAACCAGCCGCCCUAGCCUGGAGUCCCAACUUAGCUCGACACAAUUGCAACUCCUAGAGCUGCAAGCGCAGGUCAAAAAAUUGCAGGCCACACUGCGAAAGGCAUCGGACACGCCUUUUACAGAAGAUUGUAAAUCCCCUAUGAUUGCAUCGGCAUCUCGGGAGAGCCCGGUGGUCGAGAAGCACACCCAGCCUGUGCCCACUCCCCAGUUAUCCCGUCUCAAAGCCGCAUGGACAGCCUAUCACUCUCACGGGCACAAUGUGGUGAAAAAAUCACAUGAAAUCCGUAUACUAUCUUCCCCUGUGAGGAAGCCGUCCUGGGGAAAAGAGCACGCCCUUUCUCCGCCCCUUGCUCUAGCGAUGUUGUGGCGAAGAUACCAGAGUGUUGACAGGGAGAUUUGGAAAACAGCUCCGGAUAUAUUGUUCGCUCGAUCGACCGGCCACGAACCCUCUAUUGUUCGUCCUCGUAAGGGUGUCGAGCAGGGCACCUCUCAGGUCGCGAAGCGAGAGCAUGCCAGUGAUAAAGAGAAAAGCAAGCAGAUGAUCGACACUGUUGCACCAACGAGAGCACCCAGUCGAGCCGAACGGUCCGGUAUUGAUCACGACGCAACUAUAUCCAGUCCACUAAACAACGAGAUGAAAGAACACUCGUUGUUCGAGGAGCUUUUUCCCGAGGCCACUAGCCCUCCGCCAUCUACCACAGUCGUUGAGAAGAAACAGGAUCCGUACCCGAAGCUUGAACUUCCGGAUGCUCAUCAACGUAUACCCCUCAACGUUCCAAGAAGGCAGCUUUCGGGUGAACGAAGGAACGGAAGUUCAAAGCAGAGGGCAAGAUUUGUAGAAUCCUUCCUGCAAAAUAAGAAGGUGGAGAACAUCACUGUCCUUCAACUUGCAUAUUGUAGUACGGAGCUUACGGAAUCUGAUUUUCUGCGCCUGAUCCCGAAGGGUAAACACAUCGAAGGCUGGCGGCGGGAAGGAGAGUUCUUCAAGGUCAUACCCGGUCGUGACCCCUUGAGCUUGGAGCGCAUGCCUUUCUACUACCUGCUCUUCAACAAUCCCGAGGCUUCCCUUGCAUACCAGAAUAACGUCGCACGAUUGCAUAAACUCAGCGCACUCCAUCAGCCUAGCAGCAUUCUCUCUGCCAUUCCAGCACCAAAAGGCUUCCUCGAAGAUGGUGAGGACAUCAGCAAGGCUACAUCAUCCUACAACUUGGCGCCUUCACAACAUCAGCUCCACCUCUCUACAAUCAUGCAGCCCUAUAAUCCAGCACUCCGUGCACUCAUCGAAAGAGGUGGAUACCACCCUAUCGUCCCAAAUGUUGAUGAAUAUGGCCAACACAUUUGGAAGGUACUCAUGCACAUUGAGGGUUAUGAGCCUACGCCGUUAGACCUCUUUAGGAGCUUCACAGAUGAUGCCUGGAGACACGGCAUGCAACUCCCUCUCCGCACUGAGUCAGUGGGCUCAAUACACCGGGUGCGCGACAUCAUCAAUUUGAAGACUACCAACAAACCCAUCUCAUCUGUCCAGCCUCGUGCAUAUGGCACCACCGAUCAUACAAAGUUUGCUGAGCGGACCAUGUUUGAGGAUCCGGCAAUCCAGUUCGGGCUGGCGGGCAUUGAAGAGCAAAAUGGGACCAAAGAGCUGAAUCAGUAUGUUAUGAAUAGAGUGUACAAUCGCUGGGUGAUUGACUUCAAUGAUGAGAAUGCCGCUAGGCGGUUUGCAAUUAAUUGGCAUAGGAAGGUGUUGCCUCCUGUGUCGAGCUCAAAGGGUGCGUGGGAGGAAACAGAGGAGCUGAGGAUGUGUAAUACAGAGGUCUUAUGGUAG